GGAGUCGCGUCUCCUUCCUGAUUCAGCGCGCUGAUCGGUGCCCUGUGUGGCGGUAGCUUCGGAGGUUCACACCCCGCCGAGUGAAGCAAGUAGCCCGGGCCUGGAGUCCCUGUGGCCUGUUGUCAGUGGAGGGUGCACACCGGUGGGAUUUGGGUGGAUUUGCAGCCCGAUCCGAGGAAUACCGACGAGAGGGAGACGCACAUCGGCGGUUUCACGUCGGUACAAAGUGAGGAGACAAGUACUGCAGCAAAGUUUGGAGGUACAAAUUCCUCCUCCCUUACCUCUCCUCAUCCGAGCCCUGACCUUUGACCCCACCCCUCUCUCCAACCAUGGCACACCGAUCUCAGAGUUCGUCUGUUGGUGAUAACCCCCACGACCCAAACUACCUUCCCCCUCAUUACCGUGAGGAGUACCGGCUAGCUAUUGAUGCUCUGAUAGAAAAUGACAUUCAGGGUUACUGCGAGUUCCUCCAGUCUGCAGAUGUGGUCGGCUUCCUGUCACAGGCGGAAAUUGAAUUUAUCAAGUCCACAAUCCAGACGCCCAACCAGACCUCUAAUGUCCCAGAGCUGACAUACCACAAGGGAGGUCAAGAGGCCGAUGGCUCUUCCGAUACCUAUUGGCCGAUGCAUUCUGACCUGGAUGCCCCGGGGCUGGACCUGGGCUGGCCGCUGCCGCAGCAAAGCUUCAUGGGGCCCACGGAGGUCACCACUCUAGUCAACCCCUCUGACCCAGACAUGCCGAGCAUCAAGGAGCAGGCCAGGAGACUCAUCAAGAAUGCACGCCAAGUUAUCGGUGUGGUGAUGGACACGUUCACAGAUGUUGACAUCUUUGCGGAUCUUCUGGACGCAGCAGGACGCCACAUUCCGGUUUACAUUCUACUGGACGAGCAGGAAGCCCAUCACUUUGUUGAUAUGGUCGUCAACUGCAAAGUCAACCUGGACAUGCAUCCUAUGGUGCGCGUGAGGACUGUGGCAGGAGUAACCUAUUAUUCACGUACGGGAAAAUCCUUUAAAGGGCAGGUGAAGGAUCGUUUCCUGAUUGCUGACUGCAAAGCGGUACUGAGUGGCAACUACAGUUUCAUGUGGUCCUUUGAGAAGAUCCACCGCUGCAUCGCCCACCUCUUCCUCGGGGAGCUAGUUGCCACCUUUGAUGAAGAGUUUCGCAUUCUCUUUGCUCAGUCAGAGCCUCUAGUCAUUGACCCAUCCAAUGGAGCGCUUGCUCUUUCUGACACAGGCAGCACCAGCAGUUACUUAAGCAGCCAGUUCGGUCUGAAUAGGACCCAGUCUUUGUGUUUCCGCAGGCAGCCCGAGCUUCCCGGUGGCUUCCCCUAUGGAGACUCUGAUCGUAACCUCACACUUCCUUUCCGAAGGACCGAUCCGUUUCGUCACACCGUUGAACCUGGGGCAGGAAUUACAAUUGGAAAAUAUUCCCAGCAACAGUUUCGUCAGCAGCAGUCGUACCUGGAGCAGGGGAGGUCCAUAGUUUCCAGACAAAUGGAGCUGAGUAACUCCUCCUUCAAGAGGCACAGCUAUGCAGAGGGAACCCAGGAAACCUACUCAUCUUCGAGGCAAUACAUGAGGAAUAGAGUCAUGAAUAAUCUGGAUGAGACAGAUUUUCAAAGGGAGCUGACCCAAAGUAGCCAUCACUACAAUGAAGGGCCUGGGCCGGGAUCUGGCCAAGGACACUACGACGGACUUCGAGGUCGUCCUUCACAACUCUCCAUUGACCAGUAUUCAGAUUCAAGCUAUCGCUCAGAUCCCGAGCCUCCACCAGGAAACUAUGGCCGAGGCUUCUUUUCAUCUGAGGACUUGAGAGGACCAGAGAAACACCAGGCACAUCCAUUAGCUGGGAGGUAUGGAGGGGAUUCCACCACUAAAAGGCCAACCAUAGGUCAGGCGUAUGCCUGCCAGAAGUCUCCCACGCAGCUCCACCCACCAGAGAAGAAACAGUUUGUCAAACCAUCUGAUCAAGAGAAUGAUGAAGAUGAAGGUGCUAAGCAAGGCAUGAGGAGUUGGAGAAUCCAAUCCUAUCUCAGCACUUAUGAGGACAGUGGAGAAGAAGGCCUGAUUCAACCUUUGGGGCCUGAUGCGUUUGAAGAUCUUCCACCAUCUCAGCAGCCAACAGCCACUGAACAUUCAGCUCCCCGCUUUGGCACAAAGGAGCCACCAAAUGUUCCCCCCAAACCCAGAGCAGUUGCCAUAAGACUGCGGUAUGGAAAGCCCAGCUUACCUGAGGGCAACAGUAAAGACUCUGACUAUAAGCCAUAUGCACUGGAGAAAAAAGCCAGGGAGGCUGAGAUGGAAAGGGAGAGAGGCACAGAGAGGGGGGCAGCAAGGGAGGUGGGUGUAGAUAUGGAGGUGAAAGAGACUCCAGAUCUCUUCCUGUCCAAACAUGAAUCAUUCCGUACACGUAUUAACCCACUUCUUCAACGCAGCUCUCGCCUGCGUUCCUCGCUUAUAUUCUCAUCUUCCAAAGCAGAGACACACAGCGGUAGCCUUGGCCUGAAACCAGCAACAGAGAAAGACGAGGAGUUAGACACGGUGCGCACCUCCUCGAUUGUGGCCCAGAUACUAGAGAAGAGAAGGUCAUUGACUCGUGAGCCUUUUGAGUGGAGAAAGAAUGCUGAAGAAAAAGAGAAGGAGAAAGAAAGGGAUGAAGAAAGGGAGAGGGCGAAAGAGAAAGAGAAGGAUGAAGAAAGGGAGAGGGCGAAAGAGAAAGAGAAGGAUGAAGAAAGGGAGAGGGCGAAAGAGAAAGAGAAGGAUGAAGAAAGGGAGAGGGCGAAAGAGAAAGAGAAGGAGAGAGAGCGACAGCAAGAAGAAAAGGAGAUUCGAUUGAAAGACGAGAUUAAAGCCAAAGAGGAACGGCAGAAAACCAACGAAGAGGUAAAGAAGACACCAAGUGUUCAGAAAUCUGACGACACAUCAUCUUCUAUGAACAUGAAUGACCCAGCCAAUAGACUGCAGUAUUUCAAAGAGCUGGCUGAGAAGAGAAAAGCCUCAAAGAUGGAGACCGAGUCACUGCUAAAAGCCCCAGAGCCUGCUGAAAAAAAGCCAGACCUUUCUGUUAAACCUCCCAUAAAACCUGCAAUGACUCCAAAGCUCCCAACUGUCUCUGUUAGUUCAGCAGAACCUGAACCAAAGAAGACCGACAUCUCUGCAAAACUGGCAGAGCUCACUCGCAGAUCUUCCUUUAGUUCCUUGAAACCAUCCAUAAUCUCCGCCAGGCCUUUUACGAGCCACCACCGACCUUCAGAGACAACUCAACCUCAUAAAGAGGAAAGUGCGUCUGAGGGUCAAAAGAAGGAUAUAUUCAAGUCUCUAAAGCCUCUCGCUUCACCGAAAAUCUUCAGGAGGGAUCCGUUCAAGCUCAAAGGACUGAAUCCUCGCCGCAUCUCCUCUGGCGAAGAUAUGCUGACCGCAGACGCUACUGAUGCAGAAAAGAGUGAACUGAAAAAGAGUCGCUCUCAUAGUUCUUCAACUCUGCCGCGUGAUGAAUCCAGGGAAGGACUGCAAAAAUAUUUGGGAUCUAAUACAUCCAUCAACACACUUGGGGAGAGCAAGGGUGAGGGUAAGACACUUGACUUCUUAAAGAAGCAGACUCAGAGGCUAAAGGGAUUCCUGGGGCCCAAGGAUAAAGAUAAGAAAUCUUCCGGAGAUGAUCGGGUCAUGAGCAUGGUCAGAGAGAUCACGGACGAUUCAAGCAAAAAGCCGAGUUCAUCGGCUAAAGAUAAAGGAUCUACCGCGACGGACCACACUACCGCCAAUCACAAGACACCGACCAGCACGUUGGGCCCGUCUCGAUACCAGGCCGCGGGCAGCUCGGUUAUCUUCAGCAGUAACCUACGAGAUGACACCAAAGUCAUUCUAGAGCAGAUCUCCGCCAACAGCCAGAAGAACCGACUGGAGCGAGAAGAAACCGGAGGGGACCGAGACGGUGCCGGCGGGGAGAAGGGGCUGGACAGACAAAACCCCAUCAAAAAGAGUCGGUUUCUGCAUCCACAGCCCACCGUCCAGGAGCGGGAGGGAUUACUGAAGAGGAUAGAGAGUCUGAGGAAGGAGAAGAAGGUCUACAGCCGCUUUGAGGUAAUAUAUCACUGCAAGGGUGAUGUUUGCAGCGUGGAGGGGAAAGAGAUAUAGACAGAAGCAAAAGUA